CUCUGGAAAUAUGAUACGAGUGCUCAUGAAAAGCGACGUUCACGCGAUAGCCGUGUCAAAGUCCCGAGACAUCCGGGACUUUAAAAGAGAGGAAAUUCGUUGAAAUUAAUUAUCAAAAUUAUAAUUUCGACAUUUUUUAUACUGCUUUUUCCUACGCGCAUUUAUCGUUUAUUAAUUUUUUAUAAACAUUCGAGUGCAUUUGAGAGUAAAAAUAAUUGUUAUCGUUUUUUGUUUGAAUAAAAAUGCAAUUACACGCCGGAACGGCUCGAUCCGAUCAUUGUGAAGGGAGAAAAACGAAGAAAAAACGUCGCCAUUUUUGAGCCAACGGAAAAGUAAUUUUUACAUAAUUGCAUUCGGCAGUUUCUAAUUCACUAUCUGACGGCGUGCCUGGAUUUUUGUAGAUCGUUCCAUUUCAAUUUCAUUUUUGUAUCGCAAUAUUUAUAAAAAAAUAUUAUAGUUAUGGCAUCCUGGUAUAUUUUUGGUACUAUUUUUCUCACGGAACCAUUUUCGCUCUUUAUUAUGUUUGGCCUAAAACGUUUGUGCGUCCGUCAAGUGUCAAGAUCGAAUUAAUCAAUGAUUAUAGCUGCGCGCCCACAGGAUGGGAAACGAUCCUAUAAAAUCGAACGUGACGAGCGAAACGAGCGGGAAACGCAGAGUUAAAACACCAGCAGUGAAAGUAGUUCGCGUUUGACGGAGUUUCGAUCCACGAAGCUAAAUUCAUCGAUCCCAAGAUGAUAAGGAACUUGGGUCCACCAAAAUUCAAAUUUUUUCAUCCGAACGCGUGCCACGUGUGUCAAGCUUUCGGGAAAAAUAUAAAACUGAAAAGAUGCUCGGUGUGCAAAAAGAUUGCUUAUUGCAGCCGGGAACAUCAGACGGAGGAUUGGCCACGGCACAGAGACAUCUGUCGAGUUUUCAACAAAUUAGAGGAAGAAGGGAUCCCUCAGAUAAUACAGCGAGACUUGAAAAACCGUCCGGAAUCUUGGAUGAAAACGAGACUUAAUUUAGUGCAGUUGAUACCGAAGCUAUUGGGGCGCACGCUCACGAGGUGCGAGCUAGAAAUGUGUGUAUACGCAAGAUCCUGCGAAAUUUGUCACGAAACGGAUUUUCUAAAAUUGAGGGACUGCGCGGAGUGCCCGGAUGCUAGUUUCUGCAUUGAACACCCAAGAGACGACGCGCACGCCGCCAACUGCGAAACUUUCAGAUUCUCUUUCGAAGCGUUCGCUGUAACCGCCUCCCUCGAUUUCCCAGAUGGCGUUGUUCAACAGAACUACGCUGAAAAUAUGCCGGAAAAUAUGGAACAAGCGACUGCCCUCCUCCUGCCACAUUGCCCCAUGAACGAGAUCACUCUCCCGACGAAAAUUUGGGCUGCCUUCGUUUCCAGGUCGUUGACACGACCCUACACGUUUUUCUUCUCGAUGCAAAAAUUACGUCAACCGAAAUUGCACAAAAUUAGGAUUCACGUAGUUGGCGCAAAUUCUAUGGAAAUGACGCACACGCAUUUAUGGCAGAUUCUUUUUCACCACGACCAAUUCCUGGAAGCACUCGAAAUGACAUUCGUCGGCCCAGAUCUCACGACGGGUUCCAAGAAAAUGGAACUCUGCGGGGAAUGCAGCAAGCGCGAGCGCAAAAUCGACGUCCGGACUGUCGGAAACUUGUACGCGAAUUUUGCAAAUGGCCGAUUUUUCACGAAACCCGAUUAUGUAAUUGGAUUCAAUUUGGGAAUCUCGGCACAUCAUUUCGACGCAACCUGGGCCCCAACUGUCAAAGUAUUGUCCAAACUGAGCUGCCCUUUUUCUAUAACUUCAUACUUUGCCAAUGAAGCGAGAGACAAUCAAGGGAUAAUCGACUCAAUUCUUGGGAAAAAAGUAAAACCUCUUUGGACUGGGAAGAAUCCGUUUGCCAGUUUGCAGCCCGCAAGGAGCGCGGAUCACGACGAAUUGUUCUGUUACGAUAAUCACUAUUUGACAGUCUAUGAAAAAUUGUCUUGAAAUUUACGUUUCUAUGUGGAGCUGGAAAAUAAAUUUUGCGUCCCAAGCCGUGUAUCACGUCGAAUGAAUAUUUUUUAAUGAAA